AUGCUUGGUCAAUCACUCCCCGAGUACAUCUUUAUCCUUUCCUCCAUAUCUCUGCUCCGCCUCGUCGCCCCCUUGAGCUUCCUCUACCUCUCUUAUUGUCUCUACACCAAAUCACUCACACCGUGUUUAUUCCUCUUCGCCCUCCUCGAAGCGUCUUUCUACCUCUUCGUGUAUAGACCCCGCAAACAUGUGCUGCAGAAAUCCAUAUACACACCCCCGCCACUCACCCGUGCACAGCGCCACGCUCUAUUCCUCCAAUGCUCCAAGCGUAUAGCUGGUAGUCGAUACCCCCUCGGGUGGUUCACCUCUCCCAACAUCAAGCGGCAGAACGUCGUCGAAUGGAUCUUGUGGGCGUUGUUCUCCGCGACGCCGGAGACUGCGCAAGAGUCUUGGGAGGAGGAGAUGGAGGAGUAUGUCACCAAGGUGGAGGAAUUACUCGGGAUGAAGCUGGAGCAAGGCCGCAUACAUACGACCAGUGCGUUGAGGUUGACGUUGGAUCCAGUAAAAAUGGUGCAUAGACCAUUAAUAUGGUACCUCGUCGUCGCGCUCGUCGAUCUCAUCACCUCACUCAAACUCUCCUUCAUGGGUUUCACCCACUAUUCCAACCCCUCUCGUAUCUUCCCCCCUCGACUCUUUCACAUAUUCACCACCCCCUCCCCAUCCGCCACCACGCACUUCUCCUACUGGUACCGACCCCACAAAUCACCCACCCGCGACCCCAUAAUAUUCAUCCACGGUAUCGGCAUCGGGCUGUACCCCUACCUCCCUUUCUUCCAAGACCUCAUCACCGCCACCCCAGACCAAGGCCUCCUCCUCAUCGAGCUCCUCCCCAUCUCAAUGCACAUCUCCUCUCCCCCUGCCAACUCCCUCCCUCCCGUCAAAUCACUCCUCCACGGGCUCUACACCACCCUCGACUCGCUCGGCAUAUCCCGCGCCGUGCUUGCGUCGCAUUCCUACGGGACCGUCCUUGCAGCGCAUGUUCUCCGCGCUCAGCGGGAAUCACAACAACAAGACCAACCCCCACGCAUACACAUAACAUCCCACCUCCUCAUCGACCCCAUCCCUUUCCUCCUGCACCUCCCCUCCGUCGCAUUCAACUUCCUCUACCGCCCCCCGCGCGCGGCCAACGAAUGGCAGCUGUGGUACUUUGCGUCAAGGGACCCGGAUAUCGCGUAUGUCCUCGGACGGUGUUUUUUUUGGGCAGAGAAUGUUUUGUGGAGGGAGGAUUUGGGUUUAGAUUCGGGUUUGGAUUCGGAAUCGGGCAAAGACCAAAUCAUACCUGCCCCCCUAGUCCGACUUUACCUCACCCGCGAAGACGAUGUGAAACCCAGAUGGGAAUCACAGUCACAGUCACAUAAUCGCAAAUUAGAGGUGUUGUAUUAUCCUGACCUAGACCAUGCCACGGUGUUCGAUACGAAGGAGAGAAGGAGAGGGAUGGUGGAGGUUUUGGGGAGGUUUAGUGUUAGAUAG